AUGAUGGAUAUUGUAUUGUCGAAUGAGGAAAUAAUGUCACAUCUUAAUGAGAAGACAAUGAAACCUUGUGAGAAAAUUACAAAGGAGACAUUUAUGAUAUCAUCGAAUGAGGAAGAAAUGACACGUGUUAAUGAUGAAACAAUGGAUCCUUGUGAGAAAAUGACGGAGGAAACAACACCUGUGAAAGAGAAUAAAAAACGUUCAAAUGAGGAAGAUAAUAAGUUAAGAACACUAGUAGCAAUAAGUGGUGCUAAAAAAUGGGGAAAUAUAGCAGAAUUAAUGGGAACUAGAAAUGCUAAACAGUGCCGUGAAAGAUGGGAUAGUCAUCUUAAACCUGGAAUUAAUAAAGCUAGUAAGAAACCGUUUACUCCAUUAGAAGAAAAAACAAUCUUGAAGUGGCACCUUAGAGGGGCUAAAUGGGCAAAAAUUGCUUUAAAGCUCGGUAACGGACGAACACCCAAUGAUAUUAAAAAUGCAUAUAACCAGAGAAUCAGAAAAAAAUACGAUAUUCAAAUCAUGAUGUCUAUUGAACGAUUAUUAAACUAG